AUGCCUCCCCCGCCUGGAGUAGAUGCUUUGCUUAUGCAACAAUCCCCUAUGCAAUUAGCAUUAAAAGAAGCUAGGAAAGCUGGGGAGACAAUUUAUGAUUUUUCUGAUCACGUUUUUCCCGUGAUACAGAGCCAACAAACAAAUGGAAACACAGUAAAUUAUUAUGAGCCUAUUCCUUUUAAACAACUGAAAGAGCUCAAAACUGCUAGUUCACAGUAUGGACCAACAGCCCCUUUUACUAUGGCAAUUAUAGAAACGGUGGCUUCUAAUGUGAUUCCCCCUGCAGACUGGCGUAGUUUAGCUAAAGCUGUUCUUACCGGAGGCGAAUACCUCUUGUGGAUGGCUGAAUAUUCUGAUCAGUGUGGUCAAUAUGCUCAGACUCCACAAUGCUUGCGGUUAGGAAUCACUUAUGAACAAUUAGAGGGGGCUGGCGAUUUUGCACAUGUGUCUAAUCAAUUGAAUUUUCGACCAGAAGUAUAUGAUUAUAUCAGGCAAAUCGGUCUUUCCUCUUGGAAGAAAUUGCCAAAAUCUGGAGUUAAAAAGGAGGAGCUAACAAAAAUCCGGCAGGGAUCUGAUGAACCGUAUGAGGAAUUUGUAGCUCGCUUACUUCAAGUUUCAGCUAGACUUAUUGAAGAUUCAGAUGCUGCUCUUAUAUUGGUUAAAGAAUUGUCCUUUGAAAAUGCAAAUUCUAUUUGUCAAGCUACACUGCGACCAUGGAAAGGGAAAGCGACCCUUAAUGACUAUGUUCGCCUUUGUUCAGAGAUCGGGCCAGCGUAUGUGCAGGGUGUUACCUUAACAGCCGCCCUCAAAGGACAAUCAAUUGAACAGGCGAUGGCUAUCCUGAGAUCAGGUAAUAAGCAAAGAGUGCCCGGUCCUCCAGGUAGUUGCUAUACAUGUGGCAAGAUGGGACAGGUAGCAAAAGAAUGUAAAGACAAAUCGGCGCCCUUUAAACAACCUAACAGUAAAGAUCCAGGUAUUUGUCCUAAAUGUAAGAAAGGAAAGCACUGGGCGAAUGAAUGCCAUUCGCGCCAAGACAAAGACGGCAAUCUAUUAGUUAAUACCCCUGAGUUACAGGGAAACGAGAGAAUGGGCCAGCCCCGGGCCCAGAAGACAAAGCGGGGAAUUUUUCCAGUCAGCGAAACGAAUCGCAACACAAAUCCGUUUCAAACCUUACCCGAGCAACUACCAACGGCGCCGGAUUGGACCUCUGUAUUGCCUCCCACUUCGUAUUAA